CCGUCCCCGUCCCCGCCCCGCGGCGGCCCUGCCCCUUCCGCCGCCGCCAUGGCGGAGCCGGCGGGGCCCUUCCGCGUCCUGCUCGCGGGGCCGCUCCGCUACCUCUGCUACUGCCGCCCCGGGCCCGGCGGCACCGUGUAUGUCACCGACGGGCAGGAGGUCUGGGCCGGGGAGCUCGCCGCCCGCCCGCCGCUCGGCCGCACAUCUCAGAGCACGCCGUGCCUGUCAGAGGACCAUAGCAUGAAGAUCAGGGCGGUCUUGGAGCAUGGGAUGGUCUCCUUGAGCCUGCAUGAUGAUGGCAAGGCUACGCUGCAGCUCCAGGAGGAGGCCUGGUGCUCGACUUUUGAUCUCUUCAAGUUGCCGUUCACUGAGGCAAGGACCCAGCUCCAGGCACUGAUGUUCGGCUUGGUGGGUUGCGUCAAGAACCUGGAGAAACGUCUUGAAGCAGUGGUGGGCACUCUGGGGUCUUCGUGCAGUCCUGAGAAGAACACUGCCCGGAGCCAGCAGCUCUUCAUGCCAGCAGAUCCGAGCUCCAGGAAGAACAGAGGUGCUGGCUCAACUCUGCCAGCCAAGAGGAGGGUUCCAGGAGAGUCUCUCAUUAAUCCUGGUUUCAAAAGCAAGAAGGCACCGUGUGGAGUGGACUUUGAAGACUCCUGACCUGUGCUGUCCCAUCCCCCGACAACUGUCCUACUGGGAGGGUUUUCAGCCACAUCUGAGGCUCGUAGUGGUUUUACUGCACCCUGGGCCUGCCGGGCCUCUUGUUACAGGGUGUGAGUGAUUGUCUUCCCUCAUGAUGGACCAAAGAGAUGAACAGGGCAACCAGGGCCCAGGGACUGGAACCGGCUCCUGGCAGGUCUCAGAGGGGAGCAGGUCCAUGGCUGGUGCUCUGGGAGGACCUUUGGGGGGGGAUGGAGUGGGGGAGGUGACAGUAGGGGUGGAUGUUUUCCCCUACUGCUUUCCCUGCUGGCAGGGCCACCCAUGUACCUCGCUUGGCAUGAAUUGGUGGGGUUUUUAAAGAACUUUUAUAUCAUGAUGUAAUUAAAAGACUGGCUGUGCUUAACUUAUUGCCAAUAAAACUGCUUUUAGCCAAGUGGUCUGUGGAGACCA